CUGUAUGCCCACCUACUUCGCUCAGCAGUCAGGGGCCGUUAACCUCACCAUCUGUGUACUGUCAGUAGGACUAGCAUAGCUUUACGCAUAGCCUGCCACUUACCAGCACACGACUGUUACCAAGCUGUCUUCAGUGACACUGGGAAAGUCCAAAAAGUAUGACCUUACAGCCAGUGAGUGCAGUGAACUGUGCAAGCCUUCUGCAGCCUGGAUGUUCCUUACUGUCACUGGAUGGGGACAUUUUCCUGUUUGGGCAGAAAGGCUGGCCGAAGCGCUCCUGUCCAACAGGGAUUUUUAUGGUGCGUUUGAAGACGGGAGAGCUCAAGUUGCGUCCUAUCUCCUUCUCCAACGAUUCCUGCUACCUUCCUCCAUUGCGCUGCCCUGCUGUGGCCCACCUAGAGCCUUGGGGCUCUGACCCAGAGUGCUACCUCAUUCACGGAGGCCGCACUCCCAACAAUGAGAUCUCUGGAAGCCUGUACCUUCUGAACCAGGACAGCCGCGGCAGCAACCGCAAGGUGACACUGCGCUGCCAGGAGAAGGAGCUGGUGGGAGAGAUGCCAGGACCACGAUUCGGGCACACGGCAAGUGUGGUGUACAGCCGGGGCAAGCGAGCCUGUGUCCUGUUUGGGGGUCGCUGCUACAGGCCACCGGGCGAACGAACCACAGAGACAUGGAACUGCGUGGUGGACUGUCCUCCACAGGUGUUCCUCAUAGACCUAGAUUUUGGCUGCUGCUCCUCCCAUAUUGUCCCAGAGCUCACUGACGGGCAGUCGUUUCAUGUGGCGCUAGCACGGGAUGAUUGCGUCUACAUUUUAGGGGGCCACAAUCUGUCCUCGGACACCCGGCCUGUACGUCUGCUCCGUAUCCAGGUCCAAUUACUCUUAGGUGGCCCGGUGCUCUCAUGCGACAUCAUGGACAAUGGCCUCUCGCUGACCAGUACCAUCACUGUCAAAUCAGGUCCCGGCCAUGAGUACGUGGUCCUGGGCGGCUACCAGUCUGAGAUCCAGAAACGGCUGGAGUGCAACAACGUGGUGCUGGAUGAUACCGGGAUCCACAUCGAACCCAGAGAUCCACCUCCAUGGACUGGGGAGAUCACCCACAGCCGUACCUGGUUCGGGGGGAGCUUGGGGAAGGGGAGUGCCUUGAUCGGGGUGCCCACCGAGGGAAGAUCAGCCCAGCCAGACGCCCACAGCUUCUACCAGGUGAGCUUCCAGAUGGAGGGAGAUGGAAGUGGUGAGGAAGCAAUGCAAGGGUGUAGCCAAGAAUCCACUGACUUUGAGGACUCCGCCCCUCUUGAGGACUCUGAGGAGCUGUACUUUGGCCGUGAGCCUCACGAGUUAGAAGAUAGCAGUGAUGAUGGCGAAGGCGACAUCUACAAUGAAGAGGAUGAAGAGGACGAGUCCCAAGCGGGUUACUGGGUGAGCUGCUGCCUGGGCUGCCAGGCGGAUCCCAACACAUGGGUGCCCUACUAUUCCACCGAGCUGCACCGGCCUGCCAUGAUCUUCUGCUCCGGGGGGGAGGGUGGUCAUUGGGUUCAUGCCCAGUGCAUGGACAUGACUGAGACUCUACUCUUGAAGCUCUCCCAGAACAGCAGCAAAUACUUCUGCCUCGACCAUGGGGGCAUGUCGCGGAAGGAGAUGACGCCACCACGCACUGCCACACCUUUGAAGCGUGUAACAAUGAAAUCACAGCACCGUAAGGCCCCCAUACGCCUCAGGAUGACCCCCACCAAGAAGAGUUUUCUCAGAAGGCUGUUUGAUUGACCCGGUACUUGACUGUAAUUUCCGUACAUUCCCCAUGACUCUGAAUAGGACAAGAGGUUACAGAAAACGGAUGGGACUGUAACAUGCCGAUUGACAGAAGGAAAUGCCUUUUAUUUUAAUACGCUUUUACUUAAUUUUAUAGCCUAUAUCUUUUUUAUGUGAAUUCAUUGCCAUUUGCAAUCCUA